AUGGCCUCAAAAGAAUGGAACCAGAUCGAUCACCCAGCAUCAACAAAGGCACUAGAAAUGACAAUGGCAAACUUGCCCCGGCCACCCUGCUCUGAGUCAGCAGAUGGAAGAUAUGCUCAAAUGCUGUUUAAGAGUUUAUUUGAAGAUUAUACUGAUGCUCUCAGGCCUGUGGAAGAUACAGAUCUAGCCCUGAACGUCACUCUGAAAAUCACCCUUUCUCAAAUUAAAGAUAUGGAUGAAAGGAACCAAAUCUUGACAGCUUACCUUUGGAUCCGACAAAUCUGGUUUGAUGCUUUCCUCAAAUGGGACCGCGACAAAUAUGAUGGGCUUGAUGCUAUCCGAAUACCCAGUAGCUUUGUGUGGAGACCUGAUAUUGUUCUAUAUAACAAAGCUGAUGAUGAGUCUACAGGAUCCAUGGAGACUAACGUGGUGUUAAGAUAUGAUGGGCAGAUUACGUGGGAUUCUCCAGCGAUUACAAAGAGUUCCUGUGUAGUGGACGUGGCCUACUUUCCAUUCGAUGAUCAAAGGUGCAACCUUACAUUUGGCUCUUGGACCUACAAUGGAAAUCAGGUUGACAUCAUUAAUGGACUUGACAGUGGAGAUCUAACUGAUUUUGUGGAGAAUGUGGAAUGGGAAGUCCAUGGAAUGCCAGCAACAAAAAAUAUAAUAACAUAUGGGUGUUGUUCAGAUCCUUACCCAGAUAUCACCUACACAGUAAUCCUCAAAAGAAGGUCUUCAUUUUACAUUUUUAACUUAUUGAUCCCAUGUGUAAUGAUCUCAUUCCUAGCACCAUUAGGAUUUUAUCUACCAGCUGAUUCUGGAGAGAAGGUGUCUCUUGGUGUGACUGUGCUUCUGGCACUGACUGUGUUUCAGCUGAUGGUUGCAGAAAGCAUGCCUCCAUCUGAAAGUGUUCCACUGAUUGGUAAAUACUACAUAGCAACAAUGACAAUGAUCACAGCCUCCACUGCACUAACGAUUUUCAUUAUGAAUAUUCAUCACUGUGGGCCAGAAGCCAAACCUGUUCCAAAUUGGGCAAAAGUGAUUAUAUUACAGUACAUGUCAAAGAUCUUUUUUGUGUAUGACAUUGGUGAAACCUGCACAAUGGUGCAAAAGAGAAAUGGAAAGAAUCACUAUCCACUACAGAUGGAUAAUUCCAAAACAAACGGAGAAUUUGGAAACGAUGAUGAUUUAAAGAAAAUACCGAAUGGACAUUUUGAUAAAAGUAUCAGUGGUGGUUGUGUGAGUGAAGAAGGUCUAAACAUGCCCUCUUGUUUCCGUCAGUUACAUCGUGGUCGGGUGGCAAAAAAUAUUGAAUUUAUAGCCAAUUGUUUUAGAGAGCAAAAAGCAACCAAUGCUAAAUCUGCUGAGUGGAAGAAAGUGGCAAAAGUAAUGGAUCGCUUUUUUAUGUGGAUUUUCUUUGUCAUGGUGUUUUUUAUGAGUAUUUUAAUUGUAGGAAAGGCAACGUAA